AUGGUUCUACCCUCUCAGCUUGGCUUUCUGGCUACACUUGCGGCACUCCUGAGCUGUUCACCAGCAGCAACCCUCCAUGUCCCAACGAUAUAUACACGAGCUUUGGACGGGCCAGAAGCUCUCAGCGGGUCCUACGACUAUGUGAUCAUAGGCGGGGGUACAGCAGGCUUGACUGUUGGAGAUAGACUGAGCGAAGAUGGCAAGACUACAGUACUUGUGAUUGAGAAUGGCGAGCUUGCUGACUCGGAUGAAAUCAACAAUGUUCGUGACCGGGUGUCAUGGAACGCCGAGCCUUGGUGGCUUUACAACAUUACCUCCGCUCCAAACACGGAGCUGGAAAACCGGGAAUCAGCCGUCAUCAUAGCAAGUGUCACUGGCGGCGGUUCUGCUCUCAACGGCAUGCAGUGUGUUCGGGGCACGACGGAUGACUAUGAUAGGGUUUGCAUUUCCAACCACCACCCAAAGAAGCUGCAGACCAAAUGCCCGGCAUCAAGUACGAUGAAUCUUAUUGGGGCACCACCUCUAGAUUAUACGCAGGAUGGCCGUCGUUCCAAUGGCCGGGAAUUAGUGAGAAGAACAAGUGUGGCUGCAUUCGGAGAUAAUGCUAAUUCACUGUUCGCAGAAUACCAAUUUGAGGUGUUCACAAAGCUGCCAGGUGUUGGCGUUCCUGAGGACAGUGGAGCAGGCCAGACAGGCGUCUACUGGUACCCGACAUACAAAAUUGUAGUGGACGCUGAAGGUUCCCUCAACAGGUCGUAUUCUCGAACGGGACACUGGGACGGUCUGAACCGAGCAAACUAUCACCUCAUCACCGAGUCAAAGGUUACCAAGAUCGAGCUCGAUGGAAACAAAGCCACCGGCGUCGUGUUCCGACCUAGCCAAGCAGACGGUGGAGAUGACGAAUUUACCACGGUGAAGGCGAACAAGGAGAUAAUUCUUUCCGCAGGUACUAUCCACAGCCCACAGCUACUGCAGCUGAGUGGUAUCCGUCCUCGUAAGCUGUUGGAGAGCGCUAGGAUCGAAACCAAGAUCGAGCUUCCCGUCCGGAACUAUUCCACCCGUCCCAACCGACGGGAUGAUUUUGAUGACCCGGAUUUCAUCACAUGGGCAGACGAAUUGUGGGCCGCGAAUCGGACUGGGCCAUGGUCUCGUGCACUCUGGAACACCGGUGCAUGGCUUGGACUGCCAGUGGUAGCGCCCGAGGCAUACGAAUCUAUUGCUGCUAAGGUCGACGCACAGAAUGCCGCAGACUACCUCCCGACCGGCUCAGAUCCGACCGUGAUCGCAGGAUACCAGGCGCGGCUGGUCAGCCUGGCCGAAGCAAUUCGACGCAGCAACAACGUCUUCUACAGCCACUACUUCUCGGGUGAUGAACCCGUCAACUACUUCACCUACGAACAUCCGCUGAGUCUCGGCACCGUCAACAUCAACACCUCAGCUCCCGAGUCCGAGCCCAUUGUCGACUACCGCACCUACAGUAACCCGGUCGAUUUCGACAUCAUGUUGGAGCUGGCGCGGUUCCAUCGCCGCAUCAACGUAGAGUCGCCACUCCUGGCGCAGUUCGACCCCGUCGAAACAUCACCCGGCUUGAAUGUGACGGCUCGAGAGGACUGGGUGGCGUACAUGCGGCGGAACACGGAGCCAACCGCGAUGCACCCCACUGGCACCUGCGCCAUGAUGCCGUUGGAGCUGGGAGGUGUGGUCGAUGAGCAGUUGAGGGUCUAUGGUGUCGAGGGGCUGCGCGUCGUGGAUGCCAGUGUCAUGAGCGUCAUUGUUGGGGCCAAUCUUGCUGGGACGGUGUUCGCGAUUGCGGAGAAGGGUGCUGAUCUUAUCAAGAACGGAGCCGAGCAAUGCAGAUAG